AUGUCGAACACGAAGAGUUCGGAGUCUGAACAGAUUUACAACUACACUCAUUUCUUGGUGAUUCCUUUGAAAAUUGUCGGGUGUUGGGACUGGUACCCGCGACCGAACCGAGAAUACCAGAUUAUCGUCAAUAAUGUCUAUCUGUGCAUGGUUUUAUUCGUUCUCUGCAACUUGCCUAUGACUUUAAUCGUCAACCUGUACACCGAAUGGAUUGACAUCAUGGGAAGUUUGGAAAAAAUCGCCGAUGGCCUACCGUUACUGGCGUCCGUGGCUAUCGUAGCAUACUUCGGUACUCACAAAGAUCAGUUGUACGAGUUGGUCGAUUAUAUGAACGACAAUUUUAAGUUUUAUUCGGCUAAAGGGCUGACGAAUAUAACCAUGAGAGACAGUUACAUAAAGGCAAAGAACUUUGCCUACGUAUACACUGCUUGCACGCUGUUUAGUGUCACUAUGUACGUUACACUACCUGUCAUCGUGCAUUUCUGGACGAAGCAGCCGUUACAGCUGUGGGUGUAUAUGGAUGUGACUCGGCGGCCAUUUUUUAUCAUCGCAUUCCUGAGACAGGCUCUGGGGCAGGCCUUCGUUGGGCUCGCCAUGGGGCAAUUAGGAGUUUUCUUCGCCGCAAACGCAAUCCUACUGUGUGGGCAAUACGACCUGUUGUGCUGCAGUUUGCGUAACGCGCGCUACACCGCACUGCUGCGCUGCGGCGUCAGCCACGCUGCGCUUGCGACUGCGCACUCCGACAUAGUAAACGACGAGAAACAUAACUAUAUCUACAGCAGGUCCGAACUCAAGGACUCGCUGUUUCAUUACGAUGGGAUACUCAAUGACCGCUUUAGGAGCAAAACAAUGCAAUUUGAUAUAUACAAUGGGCUAUACGACGAAGCGACAUCAAGCGCGCUACGCGAGUGCGCACGAGUGAGUCAAGUGGUCAAAGAGUACAAGGUACUCUUCGAGGGGUUUGUCUCGCCUCUCCUAGCCCUGAGAGUCGUGCAAGUCACUUUGUACCUCUGCACUCUACUCUACGCUGCGACCCUGAAAUUCGACAUGAUCACUGUAGAGUACUUGGGUGCCGUCGCGUUGGAUAUAUUUGUCUACUGCUACUUUGGAAACCAAAUCAUAUUACAGGCUGACCGGGUGUCGACUGCGGCGUACCACAGCGCGUGGCACACGAUGGGCCCGCGCCCGCGGAGGCUACUCCUCAACAUCCUUCUGGCCAACAGGCGGCCGACCAUCGUGCGCGCCGGACGCUUCUUACCAAUGGAUCUCCAUACUUUCGUUGUUAUCAUCAAGACUUCUUUCUCCUACUAUACCUUGCUGGUAAAUGUGAAUGAAAAGAAGUGA